AUGCAGCUCCGUCGCGCCACCAUGGAGGACAUGUACGAGAUGCAGCACAGCAAUCUCCGUUGUCUUCCAGAGAACUACAACCUGCGGUACUACUAUUACCAUCUCCUCUCAUGGCCGCAGCUGCUCUACGUGCAGCAGGACUACAACCGCAACACCGUCGGCUACGUUCUGGGGAAGAUGGAUGACGAGGAGGUGGCCGAGAAAAAGCAUGGCCACAUCACGUCUCUGGCCGUGCUGCGGUCGCAUCGCAAGCUCGGCAUCGCGUCACGUGUGAUGCGAGCAACAAUGAAGGAGAUGGAUGCCGAGUACGACGCCCACUACUGCUCUCUGCAUGUGCGCAAGACGAAUGACGCUGCGCUGCACCUCUAUCAGGAUACUCUCGGGUUUCGCUGCGUUGGCGUGGAGGAGAAGUACUACAUGGACGAGGAGGACGCAUAUCACAUGAAGAGCUUCUUUCACCAGGAGAACCCCGGCUCCUACGUCGACGAUCACAAGCGACUGAUACGCAAGACUGUGCCAGUUGAGGUGGAGGGCUACCCGGCCGCGACUGGCACGUCGUUGCCAGCGGUAGGCGGGCGCGGCGGGGACAGGAAUGGCAAGAAGGGAAACGAUAAGGCCGCAAAGGAGAUUUCCGCCAAGGAACGGGAAGCUGCGAUGGCCGAGUUGCUGGGACUGGAUGCGGAUGGAAAGGGCAAGGGCGCUGGUGGUGGUGGCGGAAAGGGCAAGAGCGGCAACAACAAGAACAGCGCCUCAGGCGGCGGUGGCGGGAAGAGGGGCAGCGGAAAGCAGAAGUAG